AUGGCUCGGCUGGUAGAAUUCCCACCAACUCCACCAGCAACGCCAUCUCUGGCUGCUGUGCGGUCGGCAGAAGAGGCUGUAUGCCCUAGAGAUGGUCUGGUGGGUACCUUUGGCGAUGCCAACAAGUGGGGAGAUAAGAAGGACGAGAUUAAGAGUUCUUCCGAGGAGGAGAAGGAGGAGAAGGGGAAGAAGGAGGAGAAAGAGAGCGACCGGACAACAGACUCUGAAGGCAGUGAGUUUGAGGAUGACUCUUCGAACUGCUAUGCAGUUCCGUUCAACUCCCCUGUGCACGGUCCUAGAGGCCAAGGGUUUAUUUCUCGCCAUUACGGAGGUGGCCCAAAUUUGCGCCCUUCACCACCCUGUCUGCCAUCUGACAAUCUCGAAGAAGACCUCGAGGGAUUUGAUCUUCUUGGGGAGAAUGAAUGCGAAGAAGCAAAGCAGCAGGAUUCCUGGUGCGCAGUAGAGACCCCAAACUCGGGUGCAGCUGGCUACUACGCUAAGCCACGCUUUUAUAUGCUCUCUAUUUGA